AUGACGCUCCGUGAUCGAGUCCGACGGGUUUUCCACCGUUCGUCGGCCAGCAGAGACGGCAACAAUGGGCGGCCCAAGGUGGAAUACUACCGUCGCCACGAGGUGCCGCCCUCCAAGUUCCGGGGGCCGUUCGAUAAGGAACAUCAGAAAAGCCUUGCCGCCUGGUCCUUCGACGGCGCCAUGAUGGAACGCACCCGUUCGCCUGAUUUGGCCCUGUCGCCCUGCGCCACCUACGAUUUACCCGGCCCAAUCGACGGGCUCGACGAAACCACCGACACUACUGACGACUAUGCGCCCGACGAGGGUGACAGUGAUCCAGCCUCCGACCAAGACAUCGCCGAUCCGCGCCCCACCAACACGGGCUCCCAGUCAUCCACCGUCGUCAAUUCGGACAGUUAUAGCGGAUCGAUAAUGACGCUGCUGAACGAGACCUCCGUCCAUGAGAUCUCCGAGGACCCCAUCGCCCAGUUGAAGGAGUCGAUCCGCUAUACCUCGCCCGUCGUCCGUGCCCUCACCCCCGUCUCGCGCACCCCACGCACCAAGGGGAAACACCAGCCCUUCUCGCCCGAGGACCUGACCCGCGCCUUGAUCGCUGUCCAGGUGUGCGCGUAG